AUGGCUGAAUCUGUAUCACUCCCCGUGGCUCCCGCCGGCCACUCCGUGCGGUCACACUCGCGCCCGUCGCUCUCCAUCGAUCUCUCCAGCAUUCCCCCGCUCUCGCAACCAACACCACCAUCCAACACCCUCCUGAUCACCGAGCUACACGAUCUCAUUCUCUUCCAGCCUUCCUCGCUAGAAGCUAUCCGCAACCAAAUCACCGUCGUGGCCCGCUUGAACUCCUUCUCUCCGCUCCCCUCUUUCCGCCGCAUCAUCUGCUCCUUCCACUCCGCUGAGGACGCUAUCGCCGUGCGCAAGAUACUCGAGGGUACCCGCCUGUUGAACCGCAACGUGCGCCCGCGCAUCUACUUUGGCGAGCCUACCCCAAUCCUGAGCCAGGAAGAGGCCCAGCGCAAGCAGCUGCUCGAAGCCCCGCAGUUGGACAAGCUGUUCUUCAUCUCCCCGCCACCUUCCCCGCCCCACGGAUGGCAGAUGCGCAACGAGGACCCGCCCAACAAGGAGGUGCAUGCUAGUGAUCUGGCUAAUGCCCUGGCCAUGCUCAAGACCGAUCAGCCCGAGCCGAUGAACGUGGAUCCUGCCACCCCGGUCUCGAUUACCUCCGAUAAGCGCACGGGUAGCUGGCCUCUUGCCGGUUCCCAGCAGCGCAGCCGCAGCAGCACUAUCAUCUACAAUCCCGAGGACCACGGCCACAGCCCCAAUCUGCCAGCUGUGAUGGUUGAGGAUAUGAGCUUGCCGGUGGACGAGGAUGUCGACAUGGACGUGGAAUUGAGUCCCGUCGAGAUGUCGGUCAACAAGAUGCCUCCCAAGACGGCACGGCCUCCUGUGGAGUUGAUGAACUAG